AUGUCUGUGAAGGUUGCCGUUCGUUGCAGGCCUCUCAGUCUCAUGGAGCGGAGCGAUAAGGCGGCGGUUAUUGUGCGCAUGAACGGAAAUGUGGUGACGGUGCUGGAUUCGUUUGGGGGCUUCGGUGGGAAUUUUAUUUUUGAUGUGGCGCUUUGGUCCACGCAGAUAUUUUUUGAGGGGUACACUGACACACACGCGUCGCAGAGCGUCGUUUACAGCUCCGUUGCCUCGGAGCUGAUGAACCAUGUGGUGACGGGCUACAACGGCUGCAUCUUUGCGUACGGUCAAACAGGCAGCGGUAAAACGUACUCAAUGAUGGGGACUCCGACAGAUUUGGGCGUCAUUCCUCGGGUUGCGGCGAGCCUAUUUACGGAGAUGGACAACAUUGCCCGUAGUGGCGUGGAGUCCUGCGCGGAGAUUUCCUUCUUUGAAAUCUACAACGAGCGGGUACGCUGCUUACUCUGCCCGACUGCAGGGGACAUUGACAACUCCACGCUGCGGGUGCGGGAACAUCCAAAGUUUGGGCCUUUCAUUGAGGGACUCACGAAGCUUCUCGUAACCACGGAAGAGGAACUCCUGCGGCUGCUAAAUGAUGGCAACAAGAUCCGUACCUCAGAGGCAACGGCGAUGAACGCUUUCAGCAGCCGCUCUCACGCGGUCUUUGUGAUCACCCUGACACAGCGGCGGACAAAGGGCCAGCUUGUGACAACAACGACGUCGAAGCUAAACCUUGUUGACCUCGCGGGCAGCGAAAGGGUGUCGAAGUCCAUGGCGAAAGGGAAACGCCUUACAGAAGGGGCAAACAUCAACAAGUCACUCAUGUGUUUAGGGAACGUCAUCAGCAGCCUUGCGGAGGAGCAGGAGUUGGGGCGACAGCGGCAUAUUCCCUACCGGGACUCUGUUCUCACGUGGAUUUUGAAGGAUAAUUUGGGUGGAAACUCCAAGACAGUUAUGCUCGCAACGAUCAGCCCUUCCUCGGCUCAGUACGAGGAAACGAUGAGUACGCUUCGGUAUGCUGAAAGGGCAAAAAAGAUUGUGAACAAGGCGGUUGUUAACGAAAGCAACAACAAUGAGGUUAUUGCCGCCCUUCAGAAGGAGAUUGAGCAGCUCAAGUGCCAGCUUCAGGGGGCAUCCGACAGUGAUAGGGGUGGUCUCUUGGAGCAGCUUGCAGCGAGUGAGACCUUUCAGAAGGAGCUGCAAAUGACAAUGGAGGAAAAGUUGGCGGAAUCGUGGCGCCUGAUGGAGGAACACAAGAGUGAGAUGCAGCGGCUAGAGGAACAGUUGGAGGCGCAGCGGGGGGAAAUCGUGCACCUACGGCACGACAAUGCAGAGAAGGAGCGACAGAUUCAAGGCCUUUUGCAGCGUAUUGAAGAGGUGAAGAAGCGGCUGGGGGGACGCGGCAACGCAGAGGUAGAACAGCUGCUGGAGCAAGUGUCAGUGCUGGAGUCAGUGCAAAAUGCGACUGCUACCACGAAACAGGCGAAGUCAGCCACAACAACUACUAGAGCCGCGGAUGACACGUUGCUGCAGCUGGAUCAUCUCGGUAAUGUACGGCCACAGCUAGCAGAGGGUGAUAAAGUCACCGUACGUGCCUUGGCGAAAGCCUUCGAGACCGUUUGGAACGAACAGACGCAGCUGGAGAGCACCGCGGCACCGCGUGUGGAACGGGAGCAAUAUUUUCUUGACUCACAUGGCAACGUAACUGAACGAGAAGUGGGCGAGGAGGCGUCUCUGUCGUCGUCGACCACGGUUGUCGGUGAUGUGACGAUUGACGAAGAUUUGCCUCUGGAGGAGCUAGUAGGGUUCGACGUGGAGUUCCAGGAACACGAGCAUGCAGGACAAGAAGCGGAUGCCGUGGACGGCGUCCAUGCUUAUGACAGCGGCGGCGUUGACUCAGAUCUUCUUGAGAACCCGGACGAGUCUAUUGUGCUGGACGACAGCGACCUGGAGCUUGUCUUAGAGCUGGACCUUGGUAACACCGUCGAUGAGGUGGCGAUCACCAAUGAAAAGGAGCCUGACGAGGUGGCGGCGGUGACCCCUUCCGACGAAAUGCAGCUGGACGACAAUGAGUACGAAAUCAAUGAAGUGAACACUGCGGCCGCGGGCCAAGAGCCACACGAGAUCGUGGAGGAUGUGCAACCUGAUCCUCACGAGGAGGCCUCUGAGGUGUCGAACGACGCGAACCGCAACGCGGUGGCAGUAGGUGUUUUCCAGGGGAUGAUAACCACUUCCAACACACCGAACGAAGCGACUACCGUGGCAGACGAAGUCACACCGGGUGCGACAAAUGAAAUUCGGGGGAAAUAUGCUUCACAAGAGACUAUAACCAACGCCGCCAUAACUACGCUGACGGAUGCUUCUACUGCGGUUGAUGUUGCCACGUCUACUAAUGCAUCUUCACUGUUGGCUACGAGUGUCCCUAUCGCGUCGUUUACGGCGCCUACGACGCUGGUGGUUCCCUCUCAUGCCCUUCACAACAACCGCUACUUAAUUGAACCAUUUAAGGUUGUUAAAAUAAGUGAUGCGACACUCAUUAGCAGUAGAAAAGACCGCAUAUGGUUGGUUGAUUUCUUUAGGCAUCGCUUUGCAAACUUGGACAUGACUGGGUAUAUGACGUUCCACCACCCGGCUAGAAAUUUGUUUCGAGUGGAGAAGGAUUUCUUCAACUCCAAGCGGUUAAAGCUUCAUUUUUUUGAGGCAUCGCACCCGUAUGAAUUGGAGUUUAUGUCCACUGAACGACGACAGCGAUUUUACGAGGUUGCCAUGACGCUGCGCUGCAACUCAAUUAUGUGGGCACCGUCGCUUUGUUUGGAGAGUGAGGAAGAUAUCAUUCUGCAUGUUCAAGGCACCACAAUUGACCGCCCUAACGCGAAUUCGGUGAAGGUGAGAGGUGAGUUCAAGUUUAUGGUGACUCGAAUGCCGUACGAGGUUGUGGAUAUGUGGUGCGGCUGCUUCUCGAUGAAGGAUCGUCCGCUGCCUCGCAGUGCUGCCGUGCUUAGCAGUUUUAUGCCGCAAGGCUCUCACGAGGUGUACGUUAUCGGGGUUAUGGAUGUACCACAUACCUUCAUUGGCAACGGUGCUUUGCCACAGUAUUUUCUUGGCUAUUUGGGAUCAUCGCUGUACUACGUUUUGGCAAACACAACUGUUUCAUCGAAGCGGAAAACGACCAACAAUGCCAUAAUUAUUAUAGUGCGGCGAUCGUUUAUUCUCCGCACUUCGCACGUUGAGGCGAUGGAAACAGCACCAGUUCUCACGGAUGAUAUCCCGAAAGGUGCCUUCACCUCAGUGGGGUGUGCCCUGCGCAUCAACGAGGUAAGCAUAGGCAUCGUUUUGUUGAAUGCGAAGCCAAUAAAUUGCUCAGUCUCAUUGCGUGCAGCUGCCAUGCGUUUGAUGAUGAGCAGCAUUGUCUUUGGUGACACCUUUGUUGAUAUUGGAGCACGAUUUGAUUAUUUUGUCGUUUUAGGUGCCUUUAACUUUGGCAUUGAUUUUAGGGAGGAGGACAUGCUUCUUGCACAGGUGAGGGCCGGAAACCUCAUGUCGGGCAUGGCGGAGGCCACACCCAGCAACGCAAUAUUAACCUCAACAGAGCCAAUUCGCAUCUUCUACGCCGUUCGUCCCAGCGUGUGCCGGUUUGACGUCAAACAGUACACCGCAUCUAGGGCCUUGGCGACACCAAAUGCCUUCAUAUCUGCGGAUGUGUUUUGCCAGCGGGCGUAUCUCAACGUGUUUAGCGAUGAGUUUCCACGCGUACAGUUGGUGUUUGACAACUUGGUUAUGGCGUUUUCGAAUCGUCGCAUUCCUGAGGUGGGCUUUCCAGAGUUGCGCAUCUCCGCCGACUGGAUUGAAAGCAGUCCGUUGCUUACAGUCUUGUCCAAGGAGGGUGACGCAUAUAAGUUGUCGGGUCCGGCAGUGCCUGUGGUGACACCAACUGUCAGCAGCUUGACGUUUUUGAGACUGCAAACGGUUACAUUUUCAAUGUUGGGCGUUCUUGUCACUGCAAAGAAGCGAGAGCGGUCCGUCAUUGCCUCAGGGACUCUCCCGUUGAAGAAUAUGCUUCAAUUGGGGGAGGUAGUGGAGUUUUCAACUACGCUUUACUAUUGUGCCUGCCACGUGGGAACUCUGUUGGGUACACUGAUGCUGGAAGCUUGUUAG